AUGUUCCCGGGCGGUUGUUGCGACGAUUCCACGAUCGUACCGUCGUUCAUGUACGCGGGCUGCACGCCUAUGCCGCACGGCGUAACCGGUUUCGCGCCGGCUAUAGACCGUCAUCGUAACCCAUACGCGCCACCUAUUCAGAAGCAGCACCAUAGAGACCUGCCGCUGUCGUACCACCAACUCCGCGACUCGUCGAUGCAGCACCUCGAUCACGCAAACAUGUGCGCCGCGAUUUCGUCGUCUCCGAUCACGCCGCUGGACAACGGUUACCGGUCCAUGUCGUCGUCGCAGUCGUCGCCCAUGUCAUCCUCUUCGUCCAUGUCGCCCAUGUCGUAUGGUCCCGGAUACUCGCCUAAUCAGCUGUCGUACGACUGUCACGGCGUUCCCACUCAUCCGUCGGUGACCGAAUUUCAGCCGCAGUCGCACGACCAAUAUUAUAAUUUUACAACAUACGAAAAUAACCAUCCCCCGGCAGUCGGCCUUAACGACGCUCUAGUGCCGUUGACCACACAGCCGCCGACCCAAACUUUCCAAAACUACAACAACAACAACUAUUACAACAACAACAACAACAACAAUAAUACUUACACCGAUCACUACAAAUACCUGGACUUGCAGCAGACCGUCGAUAAGCCCACCGGAACCAAUUCCAGCAGCCGAGUGAGUCGAAAUUUGGCAGAAAAACACCGGCGACAAAAGUUGAAUAAAUUUAUCACAGACCUAACAGAACUUGUACCACUAAUAUCAAAUUCUUCUAAAAAAGUAGAAAAAACGAGUGUUCUUAGACUCAGUGCUGCAUUUCUCCGGCUGAAGCGAUUAUUAUUAGGACUAAAAAAAAAUCGUGAGAAUCUGCCAGGUUACAUAAGCGAGGUUAAUGUGGCUGAUCUUCUGUUGGACGAGAACGAUAUUUACCUCAUGGUCACAUCAGGUGGUAAAAUAGUAUUUGUUUCGCACUCCGUGGAGAAUAUAUUAGGCUAUUCACAGAUCGAUCUCAUGGGCCAAUCACUUUUUAAUUUUGCCCAUCCCAAAGAUCACGAUGAGCUAAGAAAAAACCUCAAGUAUCAAGACGAAACACCAAACAGCGGCACCAACGAUACUAAGGAUCCUUUACUAAAUAAUGAUGGAAAUUUUAAAAUACAACGUCGAACAUUUUAUUUACGGUUGGUCAAAAAAGUGGCUUCUCGUGAUGAGCAACCAGAGGUGGAGCUGGUACAUGUGAUGGGAACGUUAAUGGUUCAAAAAUCCGAUUCAAAAAAUCCUGAAAUCACUGAAAAUGAUAUAGUUUUAAAUGCAGUUGUCCGGCCAUUCAAUGAACGACGUGUGACUGAAGUAUCAAUGUUAGAAGCAACUCGUGAAGAAUACAUAACUAGACAUCAAAUUGAUGGCCGUAUAAUAUAUGUUGAUCAUAGAAUUUCGAUUGUAUCUGGAUUCAUGCCUCAAGAAGUAUCUGGACAACUGGCAUUCAAAUACAUGCAUAAAGAUGAUGUACGUUGGGUGAUGAUUGCUCUAAGACAAAUGUAUUUUAAGGGUCAAAGUUUUGGCAGUAGUUGCUAUAGAUUGUUGUCAAAAAAUGGAGAAUUUGUGUAUAUGCGAACACAUGGUUUCUUGCAAUUGAAUCCAAUUGAGGAUACAAUUGAAUCGUUCAUUUGUGUUAAUACUUUGGUGUCCCCAGAAGAAGGAAAAAGAGAAAUAAUUGAAAUGAAAAAACGGUUUACACCAUUAAUAGUCGCUGCGUCUGAACCUGGAAUUGCUGCAAUAACUAAUAAUCAAUUUAUGGAAAAAGAAUCUACUGUAACAUUGGAAGAUGUUACUGAAGAUCUUAAAACACUGGACAAGGUGGUCGAACAAAUGAUUAUAAAUAUUCCUGAACCGGCAAUGGACAAUUUUAAAGUUACUGCACAGAAUCCUGGACCUUUGCCAGAUAACGAGGAGUAUAUGAGAGUUGCACUAUUGUCUAAGUCAAUACCUCCAGUUUCAGUAGCAUCUAAUGCACCAAAAUUUUGUAAACGAUCAUCUCUAUCCCCUCAACCCAAUGUUAAGCCAGUAACUCAGGAUCGGCCAUCUGUACUUCGAGUUGCCCCACCAAUUUCUCGACAACCUGUACUAGUUUACAAUCAUCCAACUUAUGAUAAAACUACAGAGAAAGAUCGAGCUUAUUUAGAGCGUAGGGGUGGCAUAUUUGUCAUACCCAAAAGACAAAACGAUUCACAAUCAAUAGAUUACUUUCCAAAAAAAGCAAAAAUUGUGUUAGAGACGCAAGUUGAAUCACCUACCUGUAGCAAUUACAGCAACCAAACAGAUACUACUCCAAUCCAACUAAUUUCACACAGCAUCGAUGAACACCAUAAUAUCGAUCCUUUAAUUGCUGAUGUGACGGAUAUUGAUCAUUUCGCGAAAACAAUUGGCGAUGAUAACUCUUUGUUCAUGGGACCUGAUAGUUAUAAUUCAUAUGUUACUGGUAUUUAUGACGAUGUAAAUCCAAUAGAUAUCACUCAAGAUCCUUUGAUUCAUGUCCUACAACAUAACAGGAGCUUAGAAAGUGCAUUGCUUGAGAAAAAGCAGAACACACUUAAGACGAAAAUGGACCAACAACAAGGUCAGCUGAAAGAAAUCCAAACCGAGUUAAAUUCACUUUCUUCAAAUGCCAACACUCAUUUUCUGGCUACAGAUUUUUCUCACUUAAAGGCUGAACAUGAGCAUCAACAACAAGUGUUACGUGAACUACAAGGAGUACAUAAAAACAUUGGAGUGUGA